AUGGCUCUCCCAGUCACCGAAUUCAUCUACUUCCAGCUCAAAUCCUCCGUGAAGCCCGAAGACCCCGCCAACGAGGAGGGGCAGGCCCUGCUGAACCUAUUCACCAACACCAAGCACCAAAGCGGAUAUCAGAACUCAGCAUGGGGUCGCACAAAAGAAGAUGAGAGCAUCGUGGUCUGGGUCAUUGACUGGAAAGACGCCCACGACGGCAUCCAACCCGCCCUCCUAACCCCCUUCCUCGCCCCCUCCACCCAACCCACCAUAAUCUUCAGCACCCUGAACCCACCAACCUCCAAAACACACACCCUUACAAAGAACCCCGUCACCGAGCUCUGCGCCCUCGCAUUCCCAAACACCAUGACCCCGGACGAGCACAAAGCCCUGACCGACGACCUGAUCAAUUUCCGCACCACCCUGACAGAGUCCCUGCCCGAGGGGUCACGGCCCACGUCCUGGGCGAUGGGAUACGUUGAACGGCCCGGGACGCUGCAGCAUGAGAAGAGCGCCGAUGGGCAGGCGUUUGUGCAUUUGUUGGCUGUGGGGUGGGAGAGCGUGGAGAGGCAUAUGGAGGUUAAGGGCACGGAGGAGUUUGGGGGGGCGAUUAAGCCGAUUCGGGAGAAGAUGCUCUCCCCUGUGCCUGGGUUGGGGAUGAAGCAUGUUAGUUUUAAGGGGGUUUAG